AUGCAAUGGAUCACGUCGCGAUGGUCGACCAAUCCCUACUGCGCCCUGGUGAUUGCUGUCAUUGCCUGUGGCGGGAUUCCGAAAGUGACAUUUGCUAAUUGCACAUUGUCUUCGAAAGGCUAUGACGAGGGUGGCUAUAGUGCCAGUGUCUCCCUCCCCUCCUUCAAAUCCGACUACAACCUCGAUAAACACAUGGGCAUCGACGAUACCGAGCUAGCUAACCGAAAAGCGAACAUCAGCUCCUUCAAUGUCCUAGGUGCAGCACUUGGUGCCCUGAUAGUCCUAGAUCUAAAUGAUCGACUUGGGCGCUUGGUGGUGUGGCGCCUAGCAUGCAUCGUACACAUUCGGCCCCAAUCUAAUCAAUGGUGCGUCAUUGCAGGGUUCUUUAUCAACUAUGGCGCCAGGGUCCACAUGGCGACCACGCGAGCCCAAUAUCGCCUGGUUCAGGCUGUGCCUUUAAUUCCUGUCGGUGUCGCAUAUGGUCUGUCACAUCUUUGCCCUGAAACUCCUCGGUAUCUCGUUUCGAAACACCUUCACCGGGAAGGUCUUGAGGCGCUUGCACGGUUACGUGGUAGGGCUAUCGAUGAUCCUGAAGUCACAAAGGAGUUCGCAAGUAUCGAUGCGCGGGAACGGGAGCGAGCGACAGACUUAGCAUCUGUCUCUCAUUGGGCUGUGUUCAAGGAGACGCAGACGAACCCGAAUUACCGACAGCGUUUCUGGCUGCUCAUGACUAUGCAAACUAUCGCUCAAUGGACCGGUGGGAACGGCAUCACAUACUACAUAACGGGCAUAUUCCAGUACGCCGGCGUCAAAGGCGACGGAAAUUCCCUCAUCUCCUCCGGCGUCUACGGAAUAGUCAAACUUAUCUUCACGAUGGCCUUCACAUGGGGCCUAAUCGAUCUCCUCGGUCGACGCCGCUGCACCCUCGCCGGACUAAGCCUGCAGCUCUGCGCGCACAUCUACAUGAGUACGUACAUGGGCCUGCGCCCAGGCUCAGCAGAUAACCAAAACGCCUCCAACGCAGCCGUCGCCUCGGUCUUCAUCUACGCCGUCGGCUGGUCCAUCGGCCUUUGCACAGUGCCUUACCUCUAUGGUACGGAGAUCUUCCCAACACGCAUCCGCAACGUUAGCUACGCGAUUAGUAUGGCGCUGCACUGGUUCUUCCAGUUUGCUGUUGUGCGAGUUACCCCGAAUAUGUUUGUCUUGCUGGAUGUCUGGGGGGCUUAUCUCUUCUGGGCACUUAUUUGCUUUUCUGGGCUGGUCAUCUUCGGCAUGUGGAUGCCCGAGACGAAGGGUGUACCCAUUGAACGGAUGGGGGAUCUGUUUGAUGGGCCGUGGUAUCUGCGGUGGCGGGCUAGGCCGAGGGAGUGGGAUCUUGUUUCGCCGGCUGACAUCUCGCAGAAUGUUGCGUCGAAAGACGGUCGUGUACUAAAGUCUGGUGAUUUGGCCUUGUGA